AUGAAGCAGAGAUUCUCAUCCCUGGACGUGAAGGUCAUCACGCAGGAAUUGGCCUCGGAGCUGGUCCACCUCCGGGUAUCCAACAUCUAUGACCUGUCCUCGCGCAUCUUUCUAUUCAAACUCGCCAAACCGGACCAUCGCCGUCAACUCAUCGUCGACUCCGGCUUCCGCACUCAUGUGACUCAAUACUCGCGCACAGCGGCCACCACACCCUCUCCCUUCGUUACGCGCUUCCGAAAAUACCUGAAGUCCCGUCGGAUUACAAGUAUCACUCAGAUUGGAACCGAUCGCAUUAUAGAUUUCUGCUUCAGUGAUGGCGCAUACCACAUGUUCCUCGAAUUCUUCGCCGGUGGUAACAUCAUCUUGACGGACCGCGAAUACAACAUUAUUGGAUUGUUCCGACAAGUUCCCGCCGGGGAAGGUCAGGAGGAGAUUAAGGUUGGACUCAAAUAUACCGUGUCCAACAAGCAAAACUAUAACGGGGUUCCGGAUGUCACAACGGAUCGAAUUACCCAGACACUAGAAAAGGCACAGGCGCUCUUUUCUCAGGAGGGCUUUGCGCCCAAGAAGUCCAAGAAGAAGGGAACAGAGGCUUUGCGAAAAGCAUUGUCGCAAGGAUUCCCCGAAUAUCCUCCCUUGCUAAUGGACCAUGUCUUUGCCGUCAAAGAAUUCGACACUGCCACGCCGCUGGAUCAGGUCUUGGGAAACCCCGAUAUUUUACAGAAAGUGAAGGAGGUACUGGAGGAGGCGGAGCGAAUCUCUAAAAGCUUUGAUACUGGCGACAGUCACCCUGGCUACAUUGUCGCCAAGGAGGAUUCUCGGCCUGCCCCCGAAGGAGAAGACUCGUCAAAGACAAGCUUGGUGUACGAAGACUUCCAUCCGUUCAAGCCUCGCCAAUUUGAGGACAAGCCGGGGAUCAAGAUCCUGGAGUUUGAACGCUUCAAUGCUACCGUGGACGAGUAUUUCUCGUCUCUGGAAUCGCAGCGACUUGAGUCGCGACUGACCGAACGCGAGGCGGCCGCCAAGAAGAAGCUUGAAUCCGUACGACAGGAACACAAGAAGCGCAUUGAUGCACUGAAAGAUGCUCAAGAGCUUCAUAUCCGCAAGGCGGAUGCCAUUCAGGACAAUGUUUACCGAGUCCAAGAGGCAAUGGACGCUGUCAAUGGGCUGGUAGCUCAAGGAAUGGACUGGGGUGAAAUAGCGCGUCUCAUUGAGAUGGAGCAGGAACGUGGCAACCAAGUAGCACAAAUCAUCAGGCUGCCUCUCAAACUCUACGAGAACACCGUCACUCUUCUCCUUGGGGAGGCUGGUGACGACGAGGACGAGGAUGAAGAUGUUUCUAGCAGUGACGAAUCAGAAUCUGAAUCGGAAAAUGAAGAAAAACAGGACGCCGGGCGUGCUGAAAGAGAUUCCAAGGCAUUGACUAUCGACAUUGACCUUGGUCUCAGCCCUUGGGCAAAUGCAUCACAAUAUUACGAUCAAAAGAAGCAGGCCUCGGAGAAGGCGGAGAGAACAGCCCAAUCUUCCACCAAGGCACUGAAGAGCCACGAGAAAAAGGUCACGACCGAUCUCAAGAAGAAUCUGAAGCAGGAGAAGGAAGUGCUGCGACAGACUCGGACGCCGUUCUGGUUUGAGAAAUUCAUCUUCUUUAUCUCCUCAGAAGGUUAUUUGGUCAUCGGUGCUCGUGAUGCCAUGCAAAGCGAACUUCUCUACCGCCGAUACCUCAACAAGGGCGAUAUUUUUGUGCACGCUGACCUGGAGGGUGCCACGCCAAUGGUGGUCAAGAACCGAGCUGGUAGUGCCGAAGCGCCAAUUUCCCCAUCUACCCUCUCUCAAGCCGGAAAUCUUUGUGUCGCGACUUCGACGGCGUGGGAUUCCAAGGCCGUCAUGUCCGCAUGGUGGGCGCAUGCUCAUCAAGUGUCAAAGGUUGCGGAUAAUGGAAGUGGUAUUUUACCCACUGGAUCUUUCCAGAUCAAGGGAGAGAAGAAUUUCUUGGCUCCAUCGCAGCUUGUUCUUGGAUUUGCUAUCAUGUUCCAAAUCAGUCAAGAGAGCAGUGUUAAGAACCACAAGCAGCGCUUUGACGCGUUCGAAAUUCCAAAAAUUGAUGCUACUCCCGCAGUACCAGUUGCUGCUUCAGAGCCGAAGACCUCCACUGUGAUACAGGAGGUCCCGGAGAAGUCAGAGUCUACCCCGGAGCCUACUGCAGAUACAGAGAAGGAAGCUGAGGCGUCAGAAGACGAGGAGGAUGAAGACAAUAAAGCGGCAACCCGUAACCCUCUUCAACGAGGCGACUUGGAGCUUCCGGCAACUCAGCUAUCCCAAGAACCCGAAUCUGAGUCCUUGUCCGAGCCAGAGGCAGAGCCCGCCGAAGAGGUCGCAGAACAAGCUUCAGAGGGCGAAGAAGAAGCUGCAUCAGCGACUCAAACCGCGCCGCAAGGACCGGAAGAGCAAAAGCUCUCGGCCAGAGAGCGGCGCACUCUGCGACAGGGCAAGCAACUUGACCGUGACGAGGAACCAGCUGCGCCACGCAUCGCUCCCACCCGGGGAAAGCGGGCGAAAGAUAAGCGUGCAGCUGCUAAGUAUGCUCACCAAGAUGAAGAGGAACGAGAACUAGCUCUUCGCCUCGUGGGUGCCAAUAAGGGCAAAGCCGCAAAGGCGGCCAAGGCAGCUGAAGCCAAAGAGCAGCGUGAACGGGACGCCGAGGCGCAAAGGCAACGCCGCCGGGCCCAACACGAGCGCGCCGCCGAAGCCGAGCGCAAACGCCAAGCUAUCUUUACGGAAACUGGGACGGACGAUUACAAUGAAGAGACUGCAGCAGCAGAGGCAGCAGAUCUCGCUUGGAUUCCGGCUUUGAUUGGCACACCGACUACCGAUGACGAGAUCCUUGCUGCUAUUCCAGUCUGUGCUCCUUGGGGUGCCCUUGGGCGCUACAAGUACAAGGUUAAGCUGCAGCCGGGUGCAGUGAAGAAGGGCAAGGCUGUCAAGGAGAUUGUCGGUCGGUGGGUACACGAGACCACAACCGGCAAGGUCAAGAAGGAACAUGCCGAGGAUGCUGGGAUCCCCCGAGUCGAUGCAGAGCGCCUUCGCGCACAGGAAGGUGAUCUAAUCAAAGCCUGGAAGGAGUCCGAGAUCAUUAACACCAUGCCUGUUAGUAAGGUGCGUAUCAUGACUCCGGGCGGAGCUGGAGGAGGUGGUGGUGGUGGUGAUAAGGGCAAAGGUGGAAAGGGUGGAGGAGGACCCAAAGGAGGCAAGGGAAAGAAGAAAUGA